AAAGCCCCCAAGCUGCCGAGAGCCCUCAUUUGAAGACAAAUCGGUAAAAGCUUGGGGGUUUCUCCUUCUUUUCUUGUUCUAGAACACUUUUAGAACCCAGAAAUCUCCCCCCCCCCCCUCUGCAGAAAUCCCGGAUCUGCUCUGCUCUGCUCCUCACCGUCGGCUGCUCUUGUUUGUGGGUGCGAAAUUCUUCAAAUUUCUGUAGAUCCCCCUGAAUUUCUCCUUCAUUCCCGCCGGCUUCCCCUAACUUGCAACUCCGGUUUUUGCUACUGAAUUCUGGUUCUUGAUCAUUGGUUGCCUUAGCACUUGGAUUGAGUCCUCGGUUUAGGUGAUUGAGUGGGAGGUUUAUAAACGCUAGCACAUGUCGACAUGUUUACUGAUAGGAUCGGUUCAUUUUGAAAUCCUGCCAAUGGGAUAAAACAUUGGUUACUACUGUGCCCGCCAAUGGGAGGUUUAUAAAUGCUAGCACAUGUCGACAUGUUAUUGAUAAAACCGGUUCGUUCGAGUGACCUUGCUAGUGGGGGUUAUACACCAGCAAAUCGUGUGCCUGUCAGUGGAAGGUUUAUAACACUGGCCAUGACCUAUAGAGGAGACGUCUAUUUUGUUCCCGUACUGUAUUCGUUUUUUGUAACUAUACUUGUUGGCAUGCUAUGAGUUUAAUUAAGAGCUAUCCAUAUUUACUUAUUGAGUUAUCUCAUAGUUUUUCCUUGUCCACCAUUUCAGGAAGCGAAGUCAAGGACGGGGAAAAACAAGGGAAGUGACGAGUUAGAAGGCUAGCCAUCUUGUAAAUUUGAUAUAGAUUUUAGAUAUAGAUCAUGUUCUUGUAAGCUAGAUUUUAAUUGGAGAUUUAAUAAAUUCAUUUAAUGGAU